UUUCAGGUGAAAAUCUGGUUCCAAAAUCGUCGCUCUAAGUACAAGAAGAUGCUUAAAGCUCAGCAACAGCAACAAAACAACCAACAGCCGAAUCAACAAACGCCGGGGAGCACUCCGAACAUGCAGCAGCCGCCGAAUCCAGCGUCGACGCCGCAGACCCCACCCGAGUCCCACGACGCUCACAGCCCGCCGUCGGUUGCCAUCCUGCCUCCGCCUCCAUCGGCCCAGGGAAUGCCGAAUGCUACCGUCAGCCCUCCGGCCAUGAGCCCGCCCAUCUCCUCGUGGGACAUGGCCUCGUCCAAAGCCAUGAACGUCACGAACACGUACAUGCCCCAAUACUCCUGGUAUCACCAGACGGACCCUUCGAUGAAUCAACAAAUUCUCACUUAAUCGUUACCAAACAACAUGAGUGGUCCCUUUGUCUUGUCGGACGGUGUGAUCAACAUGUUUGUGUUCUUAUACCAUCGUCUCAUAACCCCCUCCCCAAGAAGGUGUGCUGGGCAGAGGAGAUUCUUCAGUAUUACCUUCCACAUACUUUCUCCGAAAUUCGGCAGAAAGUGGCCGGGGAAUCUAUCGUCAGAGAGUGCAGUGAACUCAAACUUUUCUCAAGAAAAAGCCACGAUUUCAUCGUCCAUCUCAUGCGGGCUACAUUGGCCAGUAAUAUUUCGUCACUCUGGAGCCAAAUACAUAAACGUUCGUUUUUGCAAUUCUGUUAAUUGUAAGUGUUCUCAACUCUAUCCUCCCCGACCCGACCAUACGGAGCAAUGUGUUAAUUGCAAUUAUGUCGAUGUCUUCAAAGUUGAAAAAAAAAAAAAAAAAGUAAAUACUACCACAUCUCAACUUUCAAUUCAAUGCCUAUUCUACAGAUUUUAAGAGAAGGUGCUGCCUUUGAAAAACCAUUGGCAAUUAUCGAUAUCGACAUUUACCAUGAUACCCUGACGGGUUAAGCCUGGAUUUCACUCCAAACAUUCAAGAUGCCACCGAGAAAUGUUCUCGGUGUGAAACCCAUCCAUAUAUUGGAUAUUAAAAAUUCUUUAUAUUGGAUAUUAAAGAAUCAUGAGUACCCAUAUAAAAAGCACAUUGUUUUUUAAAUCAGAUAAUUUAAAGUGUAAUAUUUUGAGUUUAAAAAGAAUUGUGUACCAUUUGAUGUUUUCAAUGAAAUUAAUUCGUGAGUAUAUAAUGUAUUACAUCUAAAUUUUUAUUUCUUAAACGUUUUUAUAAAGAUUAAAAAGAAUAUUCUGAUUUCUAACCUGAAGUGAGUGUAAAUAUGAAAUCAGUGUGUACAUAUCAAGUGUAAAAUUCAGAAAUUACUCAAAUAUCAGUAAUAAACGUCAUAUGAAAAAUA